AUGAGACUCUGCUUUCGGCUCCUGCUUGCAGGAUGCUACUCUACUCUAGCCAUCGCUGGAAUCGGGGUUUCACCACUGGCGGCUCCCUUUGACCCUUUUGAUUGGGACACAAUCACGCCCAGUGACGAUCUUGAGUAUCAUGACUGCUAUGAGCAGUUCAAAUGCGCUCGCUUGCAAGUGCCCCUCGACUGGCUCAACGAGACAGACACAAGAGUAGCCACGAUUGCCAUGAUCAAGCUGCCCGCAGUCGUCCCAGACGACGACCCGACGUUUGGCGGCUCCAUCUUCUUCAACCCCGGAGGGCCUGGUGGCUCAGGCGUCACGGUCAUGCUCUCGAUGGGCCACUAUCUUCGCAACACGGUCGACAAACCAGGCCGUCGCCAUUAUGAAAUCCUCAGCUUUGACCCUCGCGGCAUCGGCUACACGCUCCCCACUUCCGACUGCUUCGACGGCAGCGUCGUGUCGCGAGAUGCUUUCAUCCUAGAAGCCCGCGGCAAUGGGCCCCUCACCAACGGCGACAACUCUAUUGCUUACAGCCUUGCCAUCAUGGACGCUUUUGGCCAGCGCUGCGUUCAGGCCGGCGACGCCAUGGCCUUUGCCGGGACUCCGAAUGUUGCCCGCGAUAUGGUCGAGAUGGUCGACAAAAUUGAUGAUCUGCGUAAGAGGGACGCUGCUGCUCAGAAGCAAAACGAAAAUGGAGAGGCCCCGGAAGCUCAGGACCCUGACGAUAUGCGAGAAGAGCUUAAGAAGCGAUCUGCUCGCAAAAGGACGCCAGCUGAGCUUCGUGAUGAGCCUGGAGAUGUUCCACGUCUCCAGUAUAUUGGCUUUUCCUAUGGAACCAUUCUUGGCAAUUAUUUUGCUUCCAUGUUUCCUGGCCGAGUUGGCCGUCUCAUUCUUGACGGAGUAUGCGAUGUCGAGGAUUAUUCGACCGGUCCGGGCUGGCUCACAAACACCGUUGACACCGAUGAGAUCUUUGACACCUUCUUAGAGGGUUGUGCCGCUGCCGGCCCCGAAGUCUGCGCCUUGGCCCGCGAAUCAGACACCCAUAGGGCAUCCGAUAUACGCCGUCGCCUCGACCGCUUCUUUUUAGACCUGGACCAGAGGCCCAAGCCCGUGCUGCUAGACUCCGGCGACGUCGUCAUCGUCACCGGGUCGGACGUCCGCUCCCUCAUUGGCUCGAUACUUUACACCCCUUUGAAGGGGUUCAAGGUACUUGCCAAGCAGUUGGACAGCUUCAUAUCCGGCAACAUUAGUGAUAUGGCUAUCCUGGCUUUGAGCUCGGGCUUGAUGCCGGUCAUGAAAGACGCAUGUCCUAUCGCCAACUUCACUAACCCCCAGCUUGUUUGGAAAAUAGAAUCGCAAAGCGCUGUCGUUUGCGUUGACGGCGACGACAUUACUGACAAGGACGUUUCUUGGUGGCGCAAGUACGUGAAUCGUCAAAUGAGCACAUCUAGCCUCUUUGGUGCCACAUGGGCUACUAUCCGCCUGCCCUGCUCCAGCUGGCGAUUUCGUCCCAAGUGGCAGUUCAAAGGCCCAUUUACCACGCCAAAGCCCGACCCAUCCCUGAAAUCGGGCCAUCCAGCAGCCCCUAUUCUCUUCCUCUCGAAUCGACUUGAUCCUGUCACACCUCUGAGGGCUGCUCAAGCCAUGGCUGCAAAGCAUCCCGGCGCCCGUGUCAUCAUUCAAGAGGCCAUGGGCCACUGUGCUGUGGCUUCUGCCCCCAGCAGUUGUACCAAGAAUGUUGUAGCUGACUACUUCGAAUCCGGCAUUAUCCCUGCUGAUGUAUCAACAUGUAACAUAGAGUGUGGUCCUUGGGAUACUUCCUGCUCUCUUACCAAUGCCAAUAUCACUGGUGAUGUCGAUGCUCAGGCUGCCGCUUCUUGGUUUAAUGGAGAGGAGCGCAUUUGGCGUAGGAUGUCUCCUCUCGGCGUGUUAUAA